AUGUUACUAAGCGUGCUUUUUUUGACCUUAGCCAGCACGGUGUUGGCUCAAACGGAGACCUCGACUCGCCUCGCUCGUACAUCUCAAGCGGCACAAAUCAGAUACGACGAUCCUGAUGGCACGAAAGUGAACUGGAAAUUCUACGUGCCGUACAAUCAGCAACGCGCUCACCUGGAGAAUCCUCAGCGUGGUCAACGAGCCGAGACCGCGAUAGCUCAACCGCAAACUUUAGCGGGUCAACAUCAGCAGGCACGUUUGGUCCAGUCUCAUCAUCAACAACCAGUAUCAUCGUUAUCGAACGUGGUCCCUGGUCAACCAGAAUAUAAAUCUUACGCGUCUGUACCGACUCAUAUCAAAGAGUUGAUACUACAGACGUACGAACCUCAACGUCCUUACGUCGAUCCGUCGUCCUUUAUCCAUCAGCAGGGUCUAUCUAUUGAACAAGCAAAUUCUCCUUCGGAUAUUUCUCAUUCAGCUCAAUACGUAUCGCCCGCUGCGAAAUAUCAAACCAUCGAGGACACAAGAACAGCUUCGAGCGAUUUUUAUUACGGCGAAAGAAUGGCUAAGCCUCAAGGAAGAAUAGAUUAUAAGGAAGACUACGAUCAACGUACCCAACAACACGAGCAAUCGCAACAGUCUCAGCAUUCGCAAAACUCGCAACAAAUUGUUGGUAUAACCGUACCAAUCGAAACUAUGCCUGUUCAACCAGUACCAAAAUUGGUCAUCGACAAGAACAUGCCGCAAGAGAUACAACAGUUGCUACAUUACCAAUCUCAGAUACCCUAUGAUGUCAUAGCUAACAGAAUUACUUACAGGCCAAAAACCUUGUUCAUUCCUAAACCGAUACCGGACGAUUCGAAAGGACCGUAUUACUACAAGAGUAAAAUUUAUUUCAUGAAAGACGACAACAUCGAUGAGGUCGAGGAUGUUAAACCGAUCGAUGAGAGUCAACGUCAUUGACGACAAUUCGUUUAAUUAUUUUAAUUCGAUCAAUGGCGUCACGUU